AUUCCGUUGCGUUUUUGAGUCGCAGGUAAACAAAAUUUAAAAAAAAUACGAAAGAAACGUCAAGUAAAAGAAAAAUCCGGAAAUAUUAAAAAUAAUGUAUGAUAAUGCCUUUUACAUGGCACUGUGGAUGAAAAAUAGUGAAGUGUGUGUGAAUUUCCCAACAAAUAAAAACAACCGAAACGUUCAAGUUAAAUUGUAUUAAACAAAAAACCCAUACCCAUGCAGCCGCAAGGCCGCAAACAAAAGUGCAAUGGAAAUGUGGCAGAGGGCACAGGUUUUAUUCCAAUUGCAUAUGAAAAUCCAAAUCAAACCAAAAUCGGGGCCGAAAGAAGAGUAACACAAAUAUAGCGAGUGACGGGCGCGCAAUAAGAUAAAAUUGAAGGUUAUUCUUUAUUGUAAACAAAAAAGCAAGUGUUAAGCGGCAGAGUGAGACACACGCAAACACACACACACACAAACGGACACUCAUAGAGCGACACGAUAGAACGGGGCGCUGAAAAGAGAGCGCUGAUGAGAGAAGAGCGCAGCUCUGGGCAGAGGAAGAAAGCAGCGCACAAAGCAAAUGCUGAAAAUGUCAAUAAACUCUGCAAAAGGUGAAAAAUCAAAGCUGCGACUGCAAUUUUCUCGUGCAAUAAUUUCGGAAAAUCCAACGGCAACACAAACGUGCAAACUGUGCAAAAAUAAAUAAUCUACACAAAUUUUCUACGUAAAAAUAUUUAAUGAAAAAUGUUUAGUGUUUAAUCAAAAAAAUGUGGUGCAAACAAUAAUCAAUUUUAUAGAAAACUAAUCAAAAAGCGCCCUGGCCUUGGGGCCGACCCACAAAAACAACAAAAAGUCGUAUCAACAACGGAAAAUUGUUUAGGGAAAAUAUCCACCACGAAGAAGAAUCUUUUAGACUGAACCAAAACGGACAAUUGGAAUAUAAUAAUUAAUAAUUUUGAAAAUGUUUUACAACACAAUGGAACUGCAUCAACGACAUCUCUCCAAUUUUUACAAAUUGCACAAUUGAGAAACAAAAGUCUUUUUGAUACUAUAUAGAAUAUUUUGAUAGGGAAGAAAGGAAGGAAACGGAAAAGCCCCUGCCCUUGCAAGUCCAUUCAAAGUGGAUGCCCUGAUAAGUGCAGCAAAAGGUGACAGCAGCAGCAGCAGCAGCAGCAGCAGAAGCAGCAGCAGCCAUGCCGAAUAUGUCUAGCAUUAAGGCUGAGCAGCAGAGUGCCCCAAUGGGGGGCACGAGUAGCUAUCAACUGCCCGUGAAUAUGUGCACCAGCAGCAGCAGCAGCACCACCACGACGACGUCGAUGCCAUCACGUCACAAUGUGUCCGUGACGAAUAUUAAAUGUGAACUGGAGGAGCUGCCCACGCCGAAUGGCAAUCUGGUGCCGGUCAUCGCCAACUAUAAUCAUGGCAGCCUAAGGAUACCGCUCAGUGGGCAGCCGCACAACCAGCAGGAGGAGGAGGAGUCCGACUCCGAGGCGGAACUCACGAAUAUCGAGAACCUGAAGGUGCGCCGGCGAGCGGCGGAUAAGAACGGACCACGGCCCAUGUCCUGGGAGGGAGAACUGAGUGAACCCGAGGAGAACGGCGUCAGUGGCAGCGGUGGCAUCGGCGGGGCAGAGCUGAUGGAAACGGAGACGGUGAUCAAGAGUGAGGUGUGCACCACAACGUCCACGCCCAUUCAGGCGUCGUCCACCACCUGCCCCACGAUGCAACCGAUCAAAACGGAGCUGGAGAACAUUGCCGGAGAGCUGCAGCAUCCGCGCAGCAACGCCUAUCCGGUGUCCAGCUGCAAUGGUCCCGCCAAACUGAAGCUGGCGCCCACCCAGAGCGAUCCGAUCAAUCUCAAGUAUGAGCCCCCGCUGGGGGACAACAACUCGCCGCUGCUGACGACGCGCAACAAGUCGAACAGCGGGGGACACCUGCCGCUGCCAGCGAACCCCAGUCCCGACUCUGCCAUACAUUCCGUCUACACCCACAGCUCACCGUCGCAGUCGCCGCUGACGUCGCGGCAUGCCCCAUACACGCCGUCGCUGAGUCGCAACAACAGCGAUGCCUCGCACAGCAGCUGCUACAGCUACAGCUCGGAGUUCAGUCCGACACACUCGCCGAUUCAGGCGCGGCAUGCCCCACCAGCGGGAGCCAUGUAUCCGGGCAGCGGCUCCGCGGGCGUAAACGGAGCAGGCAGCAGCUACGGGAAUGGUGUGCAUCAUCACGGGAUGCUGUACAGGCCGCUCAAGGUGGAGGCCUCCCCAACGGUCGGAUCGGUUGGCGGUGGCGCUGGCGGUGGCUCUUGCAGCCAGGAGUCGGCACAAAAUCUCAGCAUGGACUCUGCCUCCAGCGGCUCCAUGGAUCCGCUGGGAUCGGGCUCGCUGCCCGCCUCGCCGGCUGGCAUCUCCCGCCAGCAGCUGAUCAACUCCCCCUGUCCGAUCUGCGGCGAUAAGAUCAGUGGCUUCCACUACGGCAUCUUCUCCUGCGAGUCCUGCAAGGGUUUCUUCAAGCGCACCGUCCAGAAUCGCAAGAAUUAUGUGUGCGUACGCGGCGGUCCCUGCCAGGUGAGCAUUUCCACGCGCAAAAAAUGCCCCGCCUGCCGGUUCGAGAAGUGCCUGCAAAAGGGCAUGAAACUGGAGGCCAUACGCGAGGAUCGCACCCGUGGCGGUCGCUCCACCUAUCAAUGCUCCUACACGCUGCCCAAUUCCAUGUUGAGUCCGCUCUUGAGUCCCGAUCAGGCGGCGGCAGCCGCUGCAGCAGCAUCAGCGGCCAAUCAUCAGCACCAGCAUCAGCACCAGCAACAUCAUCAGCAUCAGCAUCAACAGCAGAGACUCCAACAGCAGAUGAAUGGCUACUCGGGGUCCACAUCGCUGCCAGCGAGUCCCAGUCUGGGGGGGGCAUCCAUCAAAACGGAGGAAAACGAGUCCAAGACGCUAAGAGCCAGUAGUAUUCCAACGCUAUUGCAGGAAAUCAUGGAUGUUGAACAUCUUUGGCAGUACACCGAUGCAGAGCUGGCCCGCAUCAAUCAGCCCUUGUCCGCCUUUGCCACUGGUGGCAGCUCCUCAUCAUCAUCGUCGUCGUCGUCGUCUGUGGCAUCAACGGCACACCAGAACCACCAACAGCAGCAGCAGCAGCAACAGCAACAGCAGCAGCAUCAGCAGCAACAAUUGACCAAUCCACUGCUGGCCAGUGCUGGUCUCUCAUCCAACGGCGAGAAUGCCAAUCCCGAUCUGAUUGCACACCUCUGCAAUGUGGCCGAUCAUCGCCUCUAUAAGAUUGUCAAAUGGUGCAAGAGUCUUCCCCUAUUUAAGAACAUUUCGAUUGAUGAUCAAAUUUGUCUGCUCAUCAAUUCGUGGUGCGAACUGUUGCUCUUCUCGUGCUGUUUUCGGUCGAUUGAUACGCCCGGCGAGAUAAAGAUGUCACAAGGCAGAAAGAUAACACUAUCACAGGCCAAAACGAAUGGUCUUCAGACCUGCAUCGAACGCAUGCUCAAUCUGACGGAUCAUUUGAGGCGCCUGCGCGUGGAUCGCUACGAAUAUGUCGCCAUGAAGGUGAUAGUGCUGCUGCAGUCAGAUACCACAGAGCUGCAUGAGGCGGUGAAAGUACGCGAGUGCCAGGAGAAGGCAUUGCAGGGGCUGCAGGCCUACACGCUGGCCCACUAUCCGGAUACGCCCUCAAAGUUUGGGGAGCUGCUGCUGCGCAUACCCGACCUGCAGCGCACCUGUCAGCUGGGCAAAGAAAUGCUGACGAUCAAGACACGCGAUGGAGCUGAUUUCAAUUUGCUGAUGGAGCUGUUGCGCGGAGAACAUUGACAAUUGUGGACAGCGACAACGUUUUACAUAUUUAGUAUUAGAUAUAUCUAUUGUAGGGUUAAGUGCUCUACCUAUAAGCUCUGAAAACAUGUGCCUAAAAAAAACCCAAAGCCACAACAGCAGGCGUCGCCGCAAACGGGGGCCAACCCCGAUCCCGAACCCUCCCUCAAGCAUUGAUUGAACCCCCAAAAACUAUGCGCAAAAUUGCCAAAAUUUUUAUACACGAAUUAUACAUGUAUUUUGAUAUAUAUAUGAUGAAUGCCAUAUGCUGGGAGGCAAUGUCGGAAAUUGCCCCAUGCGCGUGCACACCCCUGUUUGUUGCUGGCUUUUGAGUUUUCCAGUAAGAAGAAAAAAGAUGAGAGAAAAAAGUAUAUAACGUUUUUCGCUAUAUAUGAAUGAUAUAUAUACCGAUGACUUAUGUAUAGAGUAAACUAAAGCACACAAUGGAAAAUGAAAAGACUAAGAAAAUUUAUUUAAAAAAUUACUAUAAAGAACAACAACAACAAAAGGCAGUAACAA